AUGUGUACUACGAGGCAGCGCGACUGGAAACACGUAGCAAAAGUAAACGACGACAAUUAUUUCAAUAUUUGCAGAACGUCGGAAAAAACCGUAGAAACUUAUAAUAAAAUGAAGAAAGAAGAAGGAGAAAUUGUUAAAAAGGAAAAUGAUUAUGAAUCGAGUAUGGGAUUAACAUCAGAACCACUGUCUGAAUGCGAUCAUUCAUAUAUAACAGUUACUCAUCAAUAUAUCAAUGGUACCACAUGGUUUCUGAAAAUGAUGUAUCACAUGAAACCAAAUUUACUACAAUGGGUUGCACGUGGUCAAACUAAUUAA